UGUCUAUUGGCAGCCAUGCAGUGUGCAGCAUGGGUCCGCCGGGCAGGAAGGCAACUUGUAUCUUGCAGUGGGCAGCUUGCAACAUGCAGCAGUAGCAUGCAUGGGUCGGUGCAACGUGCAACCUCUGUGGUUUCACGCAGUCAGUCAUGCAGCUUGUAGCAUGCAGCAUGCAUGGGUGGGUGUAAGAUGCUGCAAGUGUGUGGGUUACCCGGUGCUGCCAGCCAGCAGCCGGCUCCGGUGAGGCGAGGCGAGGCGAGGCAGCGGGACGCGUAUUGACAUUGACGUCUGUUACUGCAGGUUCCAAAGGCGGGCCGUCACAAUGGGCCGGGCCGGGGCCGCCUCGCCCCCCUCUCAGCGCCGCCCAACAUGGCUCAGGGCGCGGACACUGUGUAAGAUGCACCCUCCUCUCUGGAUCAUCACUGUCUUCCUGCCAGCCGCUGCUACAGCUUUAGAUAUCGAAGACAUCCAGAUGCCUAAGACCAAGUUUGUGGCAAAUGAAGGCGACCGUCUCCUCAUCCCGUGCUCCUUCAAGGCAGACGAAGAUAUCCAAUCCAACAACCUGCGGCUGGAGUGGGGGGUGAUCAAGAUGCCCAGCGGGACCUACCGGGCCAUCUACCGGGUGGUGGGCUCCGUGCUGGAGCCCGUGCCCGAACCCAACCCCUACGAAGGCCGCGCCCAGAUGUUCAUCUCGCUCAUCCCGCGGGGGAACUGCUCGCUGGUCCUGCAGCCGCUGCUGGCCCGAGACACCGGCUUGUACGAGCUGCGGCUCUACUCCGAGGGAGAGAUGACCGUCAACGGGCAGAAGGUGGAGAUCAUCGUGGACACCGGCAGAGGGGUUACCCCAGCUCUGCCCAAAGCAUUGAAGAAGUCCACACUGCCCCCCAAGGAAAGGUCAGAGGAGGAGGUCAACUUGGAGCCCUGCAGUGACAUGGACAAAUUUGACCGGCGGCUGAUGUCCUUAACAAAGGGGAUCAAAUCCGUGUCGACAAAGACCGGGGUCUCGACUCUGGGCCUGGAGAUUAUUGCGGGUGUGGUCACUGGCAUCCUGCUCUUUGGUACUGUGGCCGGUGUGGUGCUGUGCUGUCAUUACCACAAGGGGCUGAAGAGCUUGAAGUUUGACCGGUCCAGCCCUCACCGCAAGGCCCGGCGGCACCGGCGCCGAUCUCACCGCCACUCGCAUGCGGCCGAGGAACCGGCAGCGGCCCAGCAAGAGGAGGAGGUGUUGAAGAUCCAGACCCCUGACCCCACCACAUCCAGCUCCCCCAUGGAGCCCAGCGGCUACCAGGUGGCCUCCGACACCAACUCCACCUUGUUUGGCUUUGACAUGGCGAACAGUAACUAGCGGGAGCGUGGCUGCCUCGUGGCCGUCCCGGCAAACACCGCCAUCGGUGACCGACACACACGCACGCGUGGAGCUGAUCAGUUGUCAGGCAGGUGAGACGAUGCUCCACCCACCUCCACCUCCAGCACACCUGCCCACACCUCCAGCACACCUGCCCACACCUCCACCCAAACAAGGAUUGGGCUGUACACAUUUUUACAAAAUAAAGAAAUACGAGAUGAAUGCAAUAAACUAUUUAUUAUACUA